AUGGCAUUCCAUGAGUAUCCGGUGACUCAGGACUAUCGAAUCAGUCGGAGAGUCCUGGGCGUUGGAAUCAACGGGAAAGUGGUGGAAUGCGAGAAUCGUGUGACUAGUGAGAAGUAUGCUUUGAAAGUGUUAAGAGACACUGAGAAAGCAAGAAGAGAGGUGGAGUUACAUGUAAUGGCUUCGGGACAUCCCCAUAUUGUCUCCAUCCACGACGUCUAUAAGAAUUCCUAUAAUGGAGUGGAUUGUCUUUUGGUUGUUAUGGAGAACAUGAAAGGCGGCGAGCUGUUUGCUAGAAUCCAAGAAAGAGGACAGAAGGCGUUCACUGAGAGAGAAGCCGCUGGAAUUGUCAAUGAAAUUUGCUCGGCUGUGGCUCAUUUACACCGAAUGAGCAUUGCUCAUCGGGAUCUGAAACCCGAAAAUUUGCUUUAUUGCACCACAUCCGGUACAGCGGCUUUGAAGUUGACGGAUUUUGGUUUCGCGAAGAAAACCGAUGAAUCAGAGCCGCAAGGGCUAAAGACCGCAUGUUUUACACCGUACUACUGUGCUCCAGAAGUCUUGGGCACCGAGAAAUACGACAAAUCGUGCGAUUUAUGGUCCAUCGGAGUGAUUAUGUAUAUUUUACUCUGCGGCUAUCCACCAUUCUACUCUCAGCACGGACAACCAAUGUCGCCAGGGAUGAAAGCAAAAAUCAAGUCAGGACAGUACACUUUUCCGAGUCCCGAAUGGGAUUGUGUCUCGGAAGCAGCCAAAGACUUGAUCCGCAAAUUGCUUCGCACCGAACCAACGGAACGUAUCACAAUUGAGCAAACCAUGGAGCACAAAUGGAUUUCUCACUAUAGAAAGGUCCCAGACACGCCCCUUUUCACAUCUUCCAACCUUUGUGAUCAAAAAGAGCAAUGGACUGAUAUGCAGGACGAAAUGGAAGCCACGUUGGCAUCGAUGAGAGUUGGACCGGAAAAUAUUCAGAUAAAGAGUCUUGGCGAUUCGAAUAACAAGCUUCUAGCGAAACGACGAAAAGGCGGCGCUAGUCCGAGAGCCGACGAAGCAAUGGACGACAUCAAGGAAGAGAAGGAUGAGGAGGUUGAGAAAAUGUUGGAAUAG